AUGUGCUCCUGCCUCAACGACAAGAUGUCUCUCUCACCAACCAAAAACCGAGUGCAUGAAAAUAAGCUUUCAUCACCGCCAUCCUCGUUAACAUUAUCAUCGUUGCCCAAUGACGCGAUCUUGAAGUGCUUGCUCGGAGUCCCGAGAAGCUCUCACUUCAACGUAUCUCAUGUCAACAAGACUUUCAGGUCUCUUGUUCGCUCGCACGAGUUUGAAAAACACCAUUUCCGAUCCCUCCUCCUUCGCAAGGACUCCGUUUAUGUCUCCUUCUCAUACGGAGACAUUGACGGCCUCUUCCAAUGGUUCACUCUCCGUCCCAUUGAGAUUGAGACUGAAAAGAAGAAGACCAUUGAGUAUCGACUUGUCCCAUUCUCAAUUCCGCGUCCUAGUAAUGGUUAUGCAUUUUUUCCUACACGUGUCGUCGCCGUUGGGUCAGAGAUCUACUUCGUUGGCUGCGACUCCAAAGAAGACAUCCACUCCUCCAAGGAUCUCUGGAUUUUCGACACUCGGUCCGGGAACUUAACUUAA